AUGCUUCAGCCAGUCCGCCGAGUCGUGCUGGUUGGGCGAUCGCAUGUCAAAGGUGUCCAAUGGAAUGGAUAUAGAGCCUACACCGCGGGCUCGCCACGCAGACAGCGUGAGCCCCUGAACAUCCUCUUCUGCGGUGCAGACGAGUUCAGCAUCUACUCCUUACGAGCUCUUCGAGAACUGCAGAACCGACAGCCUGAAAAGAUUUCUAGCAUUGAUGUCGUCUGCAGGCCCGACAAGCGGACGGGUCGAGGAUUGAAGCAGGUCCGUCAAGUACCCAUCAAGCCAGUCGCCUCAGAACUGGGAUUGACACUGCAUCAAAUCGACUCCUUCAAAGCAUGGUCGCCACCCACGCCCAUUAACCUGGUGGUCGCAGUAUCCUUCGGCCUUCUUGUGCCAGCAAGAAUACUGACCGGAGCAAAGCAUGGCGGGCUCAACGUCCAUCCUUCCUUGCUACCGGAUCUGCGAGGACCAGCGCCAAUCGUGCACACGCUCUUGCAGCGAAGAAGCCACACUGGAGUAACGGUACAGACGAUGCAUCCAACGAAAUUCGAUCAUGGGACUAUCGUGGCGCAGACUCCAGCGCCAGGGAUUCAGGUAGCUCCGCAAAGCACACCUCAAGAUCUUCUGGAUGUACUUGGGCCGAUGGGCGCGGAGACGCUGUCUCAGACUAUUGAACGCGGAUCAUUCGUGAGCCCAGAGCAAACUAUGAACAGCAGUACUACGCACGACCACCUGGAACAUGCGCCGAAGAUCACGCCCCAGGAUCGUCGCAUUGACUGGGUUUCGUGGUCAGCAGACGACAUCAUCCUACGCGACAGAAUCUUGGGCAGGCUAUGGGACCCAGAACUCUAUAUGCGCUGCAACAAGAAUACGGAAGAUGGUAUGCCGAAACGCAUCACCCUCUCUGGACCAUGGCGAGUUUGGACGCCUGAGGAAAUCAAUGCUUCCGUCAUCUCAAACAAAGGUCCAGGUGAUCCGCUGCGUUUGUAUGAACCCGAGCGGCCGCGCGACAAUGUUCUCGGCAUCGUAACCUGUGACAGGAAGGUCGUAUGCCCGGCUUCGGCGACUAUCGAAGGACAGAAGAAAGACACCGGCUUGCAGGCAUUGUUGGCGCGAGUGGAGUCGGUCUCUACUGCACCCCACAAGACCUGA